UCCCAACCAAUUGGAUUACCGAUAAUAAAAAACAGUGCUGGUGGCCCAAAAGCUUAAAUGCACGCAGUUAUAUGCUAAAAAAUGAAAAACCGGUGGAAAAUGAAUGGCUAUUAUGUGACAUUAAAAUUGAAGGAUAUUCAAAUACUUUAGAAGGUGCUCGAAAAAAGGCUGAAAACCCUGAUUACAGUUCAAGUCAGGAACAAAAUGACACAGGCAGGGGAAAACGAAAAAAAAUAGCAAAAAACCGGUGUAGUUCUUCCUCGGAAACCGUUAAUGAAUGCACCCCUCCACCAACACCAACCCAAUAUAUAAGUAAUUUGGAAGGUACUUCUGAUAACCAUCUGGAGCCGAGUCUGGAGCAUGAGGAAGGAGAAUAUAUAUCACAAGAGUUUGAGGUCGUCCAUACAUCAGAAACAUCUAAUUCUCCAUUACUUAUAAAUGAUCUCCCAGUGGACAUAGUACCAGAGAAUUUUAACACACAUCAAAUCCAUUUGGCCGAACUGACUGCAUCAGUUGAGCAAGUAAAAGCCCUUUGCAUUACUAAUGAACGAAUUUUAAGAGAUAUGUACCACAUUUUCAAAAAUAUCUCAAUUCGAGAGGGAUGGGAGAAGAAUGCUGGUACAUCUAACGUGUUUGGUGAUAAAUUACCACUAAAUACCAUCGAAACUCUUAAAGAGUUUGAGGAAUACUUGAAGGAACAAGAGAAGAAGGAGUUGUUUAUUUCAUACAUGAAGAAUAUUGGCGGUCACGACCCAAAGGACAACAUUAACCGAUGUCUAUCCCGUGUUUUUACUAACAAUUUAGGGGUACAGUGCUCCUGGAUGGGCCACAGAGGCAAUUUCAAGGUUCAAAACCUCACGAUCAUGAACGCUAUUAUUGAAGUGGUAAUGCUGCGCUACAAUAGCUUAAUUCAACUCAGCGAUCUUGAGCGAAAUGUGGGAGAAUGGUUUCGUCUUAGCAAACAAAGACUGCAGCGAGGCAAGGAAAAGGAUAAGGAAAAUGUCAACAAUUCGUAGUAUACGUUUGUCCUGAAGCAAUAUUUAAGAAUUCAUUUUAUUUAUUUUCCUGUUGAUUGUUGUUUUUUAUAAAUUGUAUUUUUUUUAUAUUAAUAUGGUAUUACCUAGGUAUAUUAUUUAUACGUAUAUGUAUUAUAAAUUUUUUGAAAUAGAAAACAUUUUGGUGAUA